AUGAAGCACCUCCAGCCAGUCACGUACGCAACAAACAAGAUGUCUUCUACUAUCGCCACCACCGUUUCCGGCUCUACCGUCUCUGUGAAGGAUACCAAAACCGGCACUUCCGUCAAGUUCACCAAAGAGGAGGCUCUCCAAAAGAUGGCUGAGGAGGACGAGGCCAGGCGCAAUGCUAGUGUUGCGAUCCAGAGGAAGAAGCUCGAUUUUGCUAAGAAGAAGUUUGAAGAAGAGUUAUCAUCCAAGGGCAAGAACGCAAUUCUUAAGCACAAGCCUAGCCGACCUGCACACCGACCCGUCAAGAAGCAUCGCAAGCCGCUUCCUCCUCCUAGCAACAAGGAGCACAACACCCGAAUGGCUACGGCGGAGACCAACGAUGCCACUCAGGAGAAGAAGCAGCUCGCUGCUCUGUCAAUUUCUCGUUCUAGCCUCAACUUUGACGAAAUCAUCGAGCAGCGUGUGGUGAACGGCAUUAUUGAGCGUGUCACCCAGCCUGCCAUUCUCCAGCCCAUGUCCUCCCAGUAUACCUCUGUGGGGAACGGCUCUCGUCCUGUCUAUGACCACAGACAUAUCAUCGAGCAGUGCGUAAUCAACGGCGUCGCUGAGCGCAUUCCACAGUCCAGUGACGUGCCUCAAAUUGCCACCUCUAAUAUCGACACCGACUCAGAUCUGGCCGCUGAAUCCGACAACAAUACAGAUGAAGAUGUCAAUCAACUAGUCCGCGGACCUUCUACCCAUGGGCAGGAUGCCUGUUUGUCGAAGGACAGUGUUGACUCUAUUGAGGCUGCCAGCGCCACCACAUUGUCACAUUUCUAUGUCCAUGUUCCGAUGACCGAUGCAGAUGACGAGACGUCGCUUCCUGGCUCUUUGGAUGGGGCGGUCUACAAGGCCCCUAAUUUCGUCAAGGAGGCCGUUUCUGAAGUGUCUUCUUGUGGCCCUUCGGCGAUUCUAUCCAUGCCUAACGCGACUCUCUACCCUCCGCGCCUAUCUCGCGAUGAGCAGGCAUCACUAGUCGCCAUGCACAAAAAGGCCGUUAAGGCUAUUGAGUUCUCCAAGGAGGUGACUAUGGUUGAGCCUGAAGUGCCUCAGAGGCAAACCGAGCUCGACUCUGCGAAGACUACUACUGGCCUUACAGAGCCCAGUAACACAGCGGGCGACAGAUAUGUUGCGACACUUACUAAGAUGUCUAAUGGCCCUGGCAUAACUCAGGGGUUCCGCAACCUUCACGAGAAGCUCGUUGCGAUGCAUGUCUCUCCUCUCUGGUUGCCAAUCACUGCGCCCAAGCAGCAAAGGACUUCAAACGCCGAGCGGAAGGCCGCCAAAACUGACCGAAAGAAGUCUGUCGCUGUUGAGAGGAACGAGCCCGACUUUGUCACUUCUCUUCUCUCCAAGCCCAAUGGCCCAGGUGAGACCAAAGAAUCUCGCAAUCUUCGCAAUAACCUUGUGGAGAUGUAUGUCGUACCACCCGAGCUUCCACCAUCCUUCAAACAAAACAAUAAGACCAACAAGGCCAGGAAGUCUGCUGUUACUCUCGCUCUUGAGCCUAAUCAUGAGCUUGUUGUCGUUGACAUCUCAGCGGCUCAAAAGGUGUCCAUCAUUGCCGAAAACCACACAUUCACUGGGGAUGAGCUGAACACGGAUUAUUUCACACACGACGAGGAGACUCUCAUCGAGGACGUCUCUGAGCUUGGUCCUCCUCCUUCUGGUGAGGCCAAGGAUGAUUUGCUGCAGGUGGACGUGGAUAUCGAGGACACCACUGACAAGCAGACUGUGGUGAUUCCCGGCCACACUACCUCCGCCACCCCGCCCGCACCAAAGUCAUCAGCGACUUCUCGUCGCUCCUCCGUAGAGUCUAGCAGAGAGUCCGUCCGUCGCAAAGCUGAAAAGGCGCGCACCACUUUCCUUGGAAAGACUUCAUUAGAGACAUUUGUAAACACACUCGACUUCGAGCUAUGCGACGGCACGACGACCAAGGAUGAUAUCUGUGAGGCCUUUGCUUCUCUUGCUGGUCGUCCCACCGCCGGCUUGGACUCUGUCAAGAUCCAACGCAAGAUCAAGCUAGGCGGCACUUCACUUUACGGCUUUCUUCAUCAACUAGACUUCGACGACGAUGAAGUGACGAUCGUCGGUAAGGUCAUGAAAAUCUUUAACAAGGCGGCUGGUUAUGAGUCGGCCUCUUCCAAUCUAGACGUUGCCUUGUGGCUUGCAGAGUCGUCUCAGGAUGAGAAUAGUCAACGGGUUCGGCGCUCGCAGCGUGCUUCUCUUGUCAGCAAGCUUGGACGGGUGGGGGCAUAG